AUGCUUGAACAGCCGCAAGUGUGCCCCGCGCUGCCGAGCUUCGCGGUGGCGCUGUCUGCCGCACUGGUUGGCCGCAAGAACCUCGUCUGUCUCGCAGACGACGCUUCCACAGUCGUUGAAACGCUCCAGAAACAAGACUUGCCGUUCGCCGUGUGGGAGAAUUACGAAACCGUAAGUGGAACGCCCUUGCCUGCUGACUCUCAAGUCCUGGUACUUCCGAACGCCGACAGAAUGCUCCAGCUGGACCAGGACCGACUGGCCAAAUACUUGCAAGAAGCGCGCGCUACCCGCGCGCCCUUUUUCGUCGCCAUCGCAACCGUCUCGCAAGAAUUCGUCCCCUACCGCCAUUUCACGUCCUACCUAAAACGCCAAUUUUGGUUUGCAUGCGCUGCGCCCGACGCAAACGACACCACAGACGUGAUCCCCGACAGGUCGCUGCCCGCACUGCUGCAGCGGCGCGCCGCCGCCGCCGCCGUUCACGUGCACACCCUCAUACGCAGAAACAUCCUGGACGUCAUUAUCCAUAUCCGCGUGCACAGGCUCGCACAGCAGGCCUCCGGCGGCGGCUGUUCCACAGUCGCGCUGCGCAAUGUGUACGAGCUAUGCCAGGUACUCGAGUCCGGUUUCGGUCGGUCCUACGUUGUCCCCGCCACGGUCAAACUCGCGGCCUUCUUGUAUUUCCCGUUCCACAUCGACCUCAUCGACGACCCGGCAGAAGACAUCUCACUGCUGUACGGCAGCGACCCGCACCUGGUCGCAGAAGUCCUCGACAAGCUGCAGCGGUUCUCCAUCCAAAGAACUCACGAAACCCAAUAUCCAUUCUACUUGCAGUAUUUGUUACUCCAGGACGUGCUUGCCAAUGUCGUGCCUGCCAUCUGA